ACCCGUCGACUCUGGUGGGGCUCAGACGCCCGCGGCUGGAGCUCGGGGCGUGGCGGCAGCGGCGGCUGCGGCUAAGGCUGAGCCCGCCCAGAGGGCAUUGUGCAGCACCAUGAGUGCCACUGACGGGUCCCCAGAUGAGAGCACCAAAGGAGAUUUAGGGAGGCCUGAGAGGAAGCCCAAGGUUAAAGAUGCUUUUAAAGACGUUUCCAUUUACUUCUCCAAGGAAGAAUGGGCAGAGAUGGGAGAGUGGGAGAAAAUUCGCUAUAGGAAUGUGAAAAGGAACUAUAAUAUGCUGAUAUCUAUAGGUUUCAGAGCCCCUCGACCAGCUUUCAUGUGUCACCAAAGGCAAACCAUCAAAUUGCAGAUGGAUGACACUGAGGAUUCUGAUGAAGAAUGGACACCUAGACAACAAGUUAAACCUCCUUGGGUGGCCUCCAGAGUAGAACAGAGUAAACCCCAGAAGCCUGAGGUGCUGUUAAGUAAUGAAUCUAGUUUGAAAGAAUUGUCAGGAACAGCAAAUUUACUGAACACAAGUGGCUCAGAACAAGUCCAGAAACCAGUGUCGCCUCUCAGAGAAGCAAGUGCCUCUAGACAGCACUCUAGACGAAAAUUAGAACUCAGGACAAAGGAGGUUGAAGUGAAGAUGUACAGCCUGCGAGAAAGGAAGGGCCAUGCAUACAAAGAAGUCAGCGAGCCCCAGGAUGAUGACUACCUCUAUUGUGAUAAGUGCCAGAACUUCUUCAUGGACAGCUGUCCUGUUCAUGGGCCCCCUACAUUCAUAAAGGACAGUGUGGUCAACAAGGACCAUUCCAAUCACUCGACCCUCAGUCUGCCCCUCGGGCUGAGAAUUGGACCAUCAAGCAUCCCAGAGGCUGGGCUAGGUGUGUGGAAUGAGGCAACUGAUCUGCCACUGGGUCUGCACUUUGGCCCCUACAGGGGCCAGAUCACAGAGGAUGAAGAGGCAGCCAAUAGCGGGUACUCCUGGCUGAUCACCAAGGGGAGGAACUGCUAUGAGUAUGUGGAUGGAAAGGAUGAAUCUCAGGCCAACUGGAUGAGGUAUGUGAACUGUGCCCGGGAUGACGAGGAGCAGAACCUGGUAGCCUUUCAGUACCACAGACAGAUCUUCUACCGAACCUGCCGGGUCAUCAGGCCAGGCUGUGAGCUGCUGGUGUGGUAUGGGGACGAGUACGGCCAAGAGCUGGGCAUCAAGUGGGGCAGCAAGUGGAAGAAAGAGCUCUCAGCAGGGAGAGCAGAACCAAAGCCAGAGAUCCAUCCUUGUCCCUCAUGCUCUCUGGCCUUCUCCAGUCAGAAAUUCCUCAGUCAGCACGUGGAUCGCAGUCACCCGUCUCAGAUCUUCCCAGGAACAUCUAUGAGAAAAAAACUCAUACCAGGGGACUCUUCUCCAAGAGAUCAGCUUCAGGAACAGCAACAUCCUGAUCCACACGGCUGGAAUGACAAAGCCAGAGGUCAAGAAGUCCAAGGAAGUUUGAAACCCACACAUAAAGGGACAAGGCAGAGGGGAAUUUCUAGCCCACCCAAAGGACAAAUGGGGAGAUCUGAAGAGAGUGAGAGAAUGAUGGAGGAUGACCUCAAAGCAGACCAGGAAAUUAAUCCAGAGGACACAGACAAAAUAUUGGUGGGGGUAGAAAUGUCAAGAAUUGUAAGAGUCAAAAAUGGAGAGUGUGGGCAAGGCUUUACACAGAAGUCAGACCUCAUCCAGCACCAGAGGACACACACAGGGGAGAAGCCCUAUGUGUGCAGGGAAUGUGGGUGGCAAGGAAGCCUGAUGUCAGGACCCCGCUCAGGCACAGAGACCAUGCAGUGA